AUGUCAUUCAUAAAACUCUUUUGGGCCGACAAUACAACAAAGUAUGUCUCUGUUGAAGAUGGCUCCGAUACCGAAGAUCGAGCUACAGUGACAACCAGCCAUUCUUCAAAAGUGUCGAUUUCUAGAUCGUUCUACUUCGCUUCCUUGUUCUUAUUUGCCGUCUUUCCAGUCCUUAUUAUCGCCUUAUUUGUGCUACAUAGUCGUCUCGCAGACGCCCAAAUCAACAAUGGGUUUCUCAAAGGCUUCACUACCGAGUUGGAUCCAAUCAAAAGUGUAAUUUCUGAACAAACUGUUCGUUUCACUGGCGGUCUUCACUUCCGCAAGAAUGGGACACUAUACCGAGAGACAAUCGAAGGGGAGCCUCAGUAUGUUGGAAACCCCUCACCAGAGAUAGAUGCAGCAUGGAGUCAACUACUCAAAGGUCAAUAUAUGAACCUUGUUGGAGACGAAGCCGAGAGUAUGACCGACCGGACGUGGAAAGAUGAUCAUGGCAACUACGAAGUUGCUCUAGAUGUGAUGCAUACCCUUCACUGUGUGAAUAAAGUGAGGAUGGCUCUAGAUCCGGAUUAUUAUCCCCAGAAGGAAAGCCAUAGAAUCCACAGGAUGCACGUCGAUCACUGCAUCGACUAUCUCAGGCAGACUGUGCAGUGCCAUGGGGACCUCACCCCCAUGGUCUUCAGUUGGUCAGAUGACGCCGGUAGAGUGGUGGCUGAUUGGAGAGAGCCUCAUACUUGUCGGAACUUUCAUCAAAUCCGCAGUUGGGCUGAAGAUCAUUUCCGUCCGUGA